AUGGCCAUGGGGCCCGAUCCUCGCGUCGCCGAGGCCGAGGGCCCGCCGAGGGCGCCGAGGCUGAGAGCCCGCAGAGAGCUCCCCGCGAGCGGCGACCGUCUCCGCAUCCACGUGCUCGUCUGCUCCUUCGGCUCCCUCGGCCCCACGGAGCUGGGGCUGCGGUACGACUUCGUGCUGCAGACCGUCAGCAGCCAGGUGGAGGUCCAGGCAGGGCUGAAGCUCCUGGGGCCCACGACGAGGCUGCUCAAGUACCCGAAGACGAUCCAGACGAUCACCUACGACGCGGAGUCCCAGAACCUGCUCGCGGGCCGGACAAAGGAUGGGCUGCCGCUGACGCUGGGCAUCACCUUCCAGUACCGGCUGAUGCCCGACGGCAUAUACCAUCUUUAUCACACCUUUGAGCAGGAGGCUGGGGACUACGAGCAGGUGUACAAGCUGAUGGCCACGCACUUGAUAACGGAGAUGGCAACGAACUUCACGGCAUAUCAGUUCUUCAACGAGAAGCAGCGGAUUGCAGAAGUGAUGCGGGAAGAAGUCAACAAUUAUUUCCAGGCGAAUUUUUGGUCGACCGUGGAAUCUCUCCAGAUCAACGAGGACGAUCUGCCCGACGAGUUUACCGAGAUGAUCCUGACGGCGGCCACGAACAAACAGAAGAUCGCGAAGAUGGAAAAGACGCGCUCCGCCAUGAAAGUGCAGUUCGAGACUGCGAUCAUCGUGGCCCAGGCCCAGGCCAACAUGACGCUCCAGCGCGCAAACGGCACACGCUCGCAGAUCCUCAACAACGCGCUGGCGGACGCGGCCAUCAUCGACGCCUACGUGGAGGCCGAGUUGCAGGCCUACACGAAGAUCAAGGGGGGCCUCGGUCUGAAGAGCGCCGCGCUCGUCGACUACAUCUGGUACGACACGCUGGGGGGCGGGGGCGUCUCCGCGAACAGCAGCGGUUCCACCGAGGUGCAGAUGCUGGUGGGCGUGGACCCGGCGGCCUACAUCUCCGGGAGCGCCCGCUGACGGGCCGCGGACUCCAGGGCCUGCUCGCAGACGGGGGAGGCCGGCCACGAACCAGACGCCGGGGCGGGCGCGCGCACGCCGUGCGCAGCAUGGCGCGCGCGCCCGUCGUCACAGGUUGCCGGCGGACAGGCUGAGAGUUCGGGCCAGGCUUUGCCACGGGCCAUCUCCAUAGGGGAACCCGAGGGGCAUCGGGGUGUUGGGGGGCGCUGCGUGUCCUCGCUGUGCGCCUCCGGGAGGCCUCUCGUGGAGAAGGCUGGGUGCGCCUCCACAGUUUGGUCGGGGCGCAUUCCAGGACAGUUUCCCUUGGGGGGUACGGUGGCGGCUCUGCAUGAGAGCUCCCUGCUGACGCGGACGCCAUCCUGCCCUCCUCAGAGGCUCUCCUGGCAUCCUUCGAGACGGGCCUCGGGAGGGUCGUUGCCCUGGCCCCCGUUGUGCGCGCCGCAGGAUCGGGGCGCCCGAGCCCACUUGGUGUUGAGUCGUUGCUUCGUUGCUUGCUCAAACGUUCAUGCAGUUGGAGCGAAAGGGCCUCUCCACCUCAGUUCUCCCCUCCUGUAUCACGGGUUGUACGUAUGAGCGAUUUUCCAAGGCCACCCCGGCAUCUUUCCCUCUCGGUCCGUCCUUGGGCGCCCUCGCUGGCCGCGCCCCGCUGGA